AUGUCUGAAAUUCGUGGGAUGCUUCAAGAGCUUAGAGAAGAGAUGAUUCAAGGACAAAAUAGCCUCCAAGAAGGACAGAAUAGCCUCAGAGAAGUUAUGAUUCAAGGACAACGCAGAUUAGAAGGACAGCUUGGAUCUGUCAACAACAACGUUCAAAUUAAUUAA